ACACUAGUGAUAUUCCCGUUGUCGACAAUGACACAACUCAGACAAUGUGACAGGAGAUAAACACUGAGAUUCGCUGGAUUGCUGAAUGGUGAAUGCCAACGUCAGUCUGUCCAGUGGAGCUGCGCUGAGAUAAACAUAAAGGGUUAUUGCGUAGAGUUCAAAUGGAGCGUGUUUUGAAAGCUGUCCCAGUGGAUCUGCGAGUUAAAAUGGAGGCACUGGUGCACGAUUUGUCAUUGGCACUGGAGGAGAGCAGUAAAUCGACGAAUGUGAAACGAAGAUGGGGGCUGAGGAGGCGUACCAGGUCCACGGGGAACAUUCGUAAGUCAUCCCUGAAUGCAAACAAACACUCGGAAGACAGUUCCUCCUCCAUCUGUGACAUUCGCAUUCCGAAAACCUCUUCAGCCACAAAAUACCAGUCUGACAGUGAUGACACUGACAGGCGCGAGUCUUUCGCUCGUUUCUGGAACUUAAACACAAUAAGCAAUGUCGAGUCUGAUUCUGUGAAUGAGUACUUCGUUCCUAGGAUAAACACAAAACGCAAGCGAAAAUUUAAACGAAUGGCUGUGGAUUCCUCCAACCCCUCGACCUCUCAAGCAAUCACCCAGAAAAAAAGAUUGUUCAGAAACAACUGCGAGAACAGGUACAGUACAAUUUGGUGUGGGAAGCGCAAGCGGUCUUGUCGAGAGCGUUCGAUAGACUGUGAAAUGCGGUCACCAAAGCCCACGAGGAACUCCAAAUCGAAGAGCCACAGAGGAAAAAUCCGAAGUGAGAAUGCCAUGGAUUGUUCGAGAAUAUCAAGCUCGAGCAUAUCCUCCAGUGACUCAGAGGCGGGAAUCAGGGCGAACGAAGGGGACGACGAGCAGUCGGAUUGGAUCGGCGAGUCCAGUUGGUGGGACGAUGAGAGCACAACUGAGGAAAAGGUCGUGUCCUCGGACCCAGCCCUCCAGACACUGAUUAACUAUCGGCAGAGGGUUUUGAAUGGCAGGGAAAUUCGAGCUGGGAGACGUCACGUGGACAACAAGCCCGGAUACUCUAUCAUCACGUCGGCGAAUGAGAAGGUAUCGAGGUUCCUCCAAGAUCCUUCACAGAGUGAACUUAGGCUGCACGCGAUGAGGCAGCCUGAGAGGGAGAAACUACGAAGACUUGCGAAUUUGUACAGUCUCUCCUUGAAGGGGGACCUCAGUUGUCCUAUACUCUAUAAAACCAGACAUACCACGCAGGCGAUAUGCGUUGAUCAGGUAUCCUUCAACAGAUUCUCUGAUUAUAAGAGACUGAGGAAGACACCCCCGCAAUCACCGAACCCUGAGGUGGUUGUGAAUAAUCCAGAGGUGCAAGUGUUCAAUGGAAACUUCGCGGUUCCUCUUGGCAAUCACUCGCAGAAUAAUACGGAGUCAAUGAGCUUCGACUGGGGGGCGGAAAGUAUGGAGACUGAGAUCGGGAGUACUCCUACGUUUGAUACCCAGUUUGGACACUCUAAGUCUAGUUGAAGGAAUAACGCUGGUGGGGAAGUGGUGCGUGAAUUUUAGUUGAUAUAUUUUUUUUUUUGUUUUGAAGUAUUUUUCGAGAUGGUCUGUAGAAAAUUCGCAAUUUUGCAAGUAUCUUUCGAAGAAAGGACAACGGAAAAAAAUUACAAAAAAAAAUUUUCGGGGAUCUUUAAAGCUGACCAAAUCGUCGUCUGACUUUUAUGUCUAAGUCAAAUAAUUCUGAAAAUUUUUCAUCGUCACGUCAGCGAACUAAAACCCCUUCAAGAUCAUUGUCACUUCAACAUCCAAAGGUACAAAGGUACUCACUGCAAACUUCCCUGUCAUCGCUGGUAAUUAUUCACAGAACAACUUGGAAUCCACGAGCUUUGAAUGGAGAAGAUAAUAUUGAAACUGACAACGGGAACACUCGAAAGUGUGAUACCCAAUAUAGACAUUCUAAGUUUAUUGGAAAGGAUGAGGUUGGUGGGGAAUUUUGGUUGAAAUAUUGUUCGUCACUUUGAAAUAAUUUUCGAGAUGACUUGUCGAACAUUGGAAGCACACUUGUAUGCCCAAGACAUGUUAAACGGUAGUGUUGAUAAUUCUGGUAGUUUCGAGGGAAAUGUCUUCUCCGAGCUAACAGAAAAAAUUGGUUCUGUAUAAAAUUUCCAAUCAAGUCCCUCUCA